GGCACCAACCAGCAGCCGCUCCAGCCCUGCCGAAGUUUCACUUUUUGUCUGUGGGUUCGCUCCCGGGCCCCGCGCGAGCUUUCCCGGGAUAAGUAGCUUUAACGAGCAGGGGGACAGCCGGGAGCUGCCAGAAAUUGAAGAGCAUCCUGAUGACUAGCGUGUUGGCAGAGGACUGAAGGAAGCCAGACCAGUCCCUACUCUCAGAGCUUCUUGGGUGCCCUCUGGCUCCCAGGUGACCUGCAGCAGGACCUCUGGCGGGAUCAUUGAGGCUCAGGAACAGAACUGAAGACGGGAUCCACUGUCCUGAUUCUCAGUUUAGGGCUUUUUCCCAUUGUUCUACUGGGCACUCGUUGGAGGGAAGAUAUUUAUUUCUCAAUUGACACGAGCAUUGCAGUUUGCUGAACCUUGUGUCCACUGACCAUUCCAAGAGCUAUUAUCUGAGAUACCAACAAUGUCUCACCCCUCUUGGCUGCCACCCAAAAGCACUGGAGAGCCCCUUGGCCAUGUGCCUGCACGGAUGGAGACCACCCACUCCUUUGGGACCCCCAGCAUUUCAGUGUCCACACAACAGCCACCUAAAAAGUUUGCACCAGUAGUUGCUCCAAAGCCCAAGUACAACCCAUACAAGCAAUCUGGAGGUGACGGUGAUUUUCUUCCACCCCCACCCCCACCUCUAGAUGAUCCCGGUACCCUUCCAUCUGGCUCUGGAAACUUCCCUCCGCCACCACCCCUUGAUGAAGGUGCUUUCAGGGCACAGGGAAACCCUGGAGGCAAGACCCUUGAGGAGAGACGCUCCAGCCUGGACGCCGAGAUCGACUCCUUGACCAGCAUCCUGGCUGACCUGGAGUGCAGCUCCCCCUACAAGCCUCGGCCCCCGCAGGGCUCUGCAGGUGCAACAGCCUCUCCUCCAGUCUCCACCCCUGUAACAGGACACAAGAGAAUGGUCAUACCAAACCAGCCUCCUCUAACAGCAACCAAGAAGUCUACAUUGAAACCACAGCCUGCACCUCAGGCCGGACCCAUCCCUGUGGCUCCAAUUGGAACACUAAAGCCCCAGCCUCAGCCAGUCCCAGCCUCCUACACUACAGCAUCCACCCCUUCAAGGCCUACCUUCAACGUGCAAGUGAAGUCAGCCCAGCCCAGCUCUCAUUACAUGGCUGCCCCUUCACCAGGGCAGUUUUAUGGCCCAGGGCAAGGGCAUCAGGGUUAUAACACUCAACCAGUUCCUAUUUCUGGGCAGUGUCCACCUCCUCCAACACGGGGAGGCAUGGAAUAUGCAUAUAUUCCACCACCAGGACUUCAGCCUGAACCUGGGUAUGGGUAUGGCCCCAACCAAGGACGCUAUUAUGAAGCCUAUUGCCCAGUGGGGCCUGCAUAUGGGGCCAAAAAUGAUUCAGAUCCUGCUUAUGGUCAACAAGGCCACCCCAAUACCUGGAAGCGGGAACAAGGGUAUACUCCCUCUGGGACAGGAAACCAGCACCCUGCUGGGAUGUAUCCAGCUGCUGGUCCCAAGAAGACCUAUAUCACCGAUCCUGUUCCAGCGCCCUGUGCGCCACCACUGCAACCCAAGGGUGGACAAAGUGGGUCAAAGGGGCCUCCGGCGGUCACCCCCUCCUUCCGCCCUGAAGAUGAGCUGGAGCAUCUGACCAAGAAGAUGCUGUAUGACAUGGAAAAUCCACCUUCCGAUGAAUACUUUGGCCGCUGUGCUCGCUGUGGGGAAAAUGUCGUCGGGGAAGGGACAGGCUGCACUGCCAUGGAUCAGGUCUUCCAUGUGGAUUGCUUCACCUGCAUCAUCUGUAACAACAAGCUCCGGGGGCAGCCCUUCUAUGCUGUGGAGAAGAAAGCCUACUGUGAGCCCUGCUACAUUAACACCCUGGAGCAGUGCAGCGUGUGCUCCAAGCCCAUCAUGGAGAGGAUCCUCCGAGCCACCGGCAAGGCCUAUCAUCCUCACUGCUUCACCUGUGUGAUGUGCCACCGCAGCCUGGAUGGGAUCCCUUUCACCGUGGACGCCGGAGGCCUCAUCCACUGCAUCGAGGACUUCCACAAGAAAUUUGCCCCCCGAUGUUCUGUGUGCAAGGAGCCUAUCAUGCCAGCCCCUGGCCAGGAGGAGACCGUUCGGAUUGUAGCUCUGGAUCGUGACUUCCAUGUUCACUGCUACCGGUGUGAGGAUUGCGGUGGUCUCCUGUCUGAGGGAGAUAACCAAGGCUGCUACCCUUUGGAUGGACACAUCCUCUGCAAGACCUGCAACUCUGCCCGCAUCAGAGUGCUGACCGCCAAGGCCAGCACCGACCUUUAAGCUCAGUGGCCUGUUCAGCGGGUUAGUAGGUGGCACUGAAAAGAAUGAAACACCAACAAUCAAGUAAUCCUUCCACGCAAUAGGAGGAGAGAAGAAAGGCAUUCAAGCUAUGGGAUGGUCUCUGUUCUUCAUGUAGUAGUAACCUUUCUGUAGAAACACAUAGAUUAUGAGAUUUUUAAAAACAUGCUUGCCAACUACACAUUUCACAUUUAAUUAUGUAGGACCUUGAUGGGCCUUUGUUCCCAAGGACUUCCACAUUUUUGCACGGAUUAUGCUCCAUCCCAUUCACUUCUGCAUUCCUGUAACCUUUAAUCCCUGUGUUUGUCUCACUUUUCAUCUGGUUGAAUGGCUUUUUUUAGCGUGGGAUUUGCUGUCACACAGAUUUCCCUGGGCAAGUCUGCCAACUCACAGGUGCUUUUAGGCUUGAAGUCUCUCCAUCCUAUCAUGUCCACGUCGCCUGUGAUCACAGAGCAGAGCCAUUCUUUCUUUGUGUACUGAAACGUAUAUGUUUUUGUUGCUAUAAACUGGUCAUGUCUCUUGGGGGGAAACAUAUGCCACUUAUAUGUUAGGCUAUAAAGAAUUUAAGCUGUAAGUCACAUAGGUUCAAACAAGCCCAAAUUUGUAAACAUCUAAAUCAAGAUCUAUAAUGACCAGUUGUCAGGGCUCAUUUGAAAACAGAUAUUAGUGAAAGAGAUCGAAACAUCAGUCUUUUUCUAAAGAAAUUGCAGGUGAGAUAUGCUGGAAAGAGCAUUUUGGGAGUAUGUUUGAAAAGCCCAUUAUUAUCCUACAAUAUCAUCUUACCAUGUCCCUUUUCCGUACUGCCUGGACACAGUGCAGACAAACUUGGUUGUCCCUUGAAUAUAACAUUUUCUAUAUUGCGCCACUUUUCAUAUCAGAAAUGUUGGGGUUUUUCCUAAUGUUAAACAUGACUACCAAAAUUGACUUUGUCUUUGGUGAAUGAUAGCUUUAACGAGCAGUUCAAUACCCCUCUCCCCAGGCCCAGGUCCUUUUUUUCCUGAUAAUUGCAAAUCAGGGCACACAAGAUAAAAUUGUGUAGUUUUGUUUGGUUUACUUUAAAAAGACAGGAAAACUUGAAAAGAUUGUGAAGCUGCAGUUUCAUUAUUCUCUUAAUGCUUCUGCAACUCAAAUUACAUAUUACAGGAGACAUUUUCAUACCAUCGAUGUGACAUUUACACCAUACUUGCAAAGACAAUCACUGAAAAAAAAAACUGCCUUUCUGAGCUAAAAAUACGCAGAGUCUCUGCCUGGGAUCUUUAUUCAAACUCUCCUGGGCAGUGAAUUGCUGGCUUGUCAGCUGCAGAACCGUUUCACUCGGUUCUAAGUUGUUUCUUUGAAGAAGAGACACCUACCUUAAUAAUGGCAGGUUGCCGAUUUUUAAACUAAUUAAGUAUUUCGGAUUGCGAUUUCUUAAACCUUUCUUCAAAUCCUCCACAAAUAUAUACUUUUAAAUUAUGAAGUAUUUUAAAUAUACACAAAAGUAUAAAUAAUAAUAUAAUGAAUCCUUAUAUAUGUAACAUCCAGUUUAAGAAAUCAAAUAUAGUUACCUUCCCCUGUGUACCCUCCCUGAUUCCACAAGUAGAGUUUUUCAU